AUGGAUAAAAUUGCAAUGUUAUUAGUAAUAUCUUUAUUCUUUAGUCCGAGGACUAAUGGUCGAAGUUGGCAUUAUCAUUCACAUAAAAGACAUUUUGAUACGGAUCAUGGCAUAGUUUUUGAAGCUUAUGGUGAACCGCGCUGGCAUCCUACAGACGAAGUAUUCAGUGAAUGGAAACAUCAUGACCGUUAUGAACCAAACAAUAAACGUCUUAAGAAUUGGAAUUCAGAUCGCGUGUGGUUCCCUGAUUUUAUCGACAACCCUGCUAGUACUUCAACACCACCACGGCAAGUAGCUACAACUUCGUCAUCAAGAAAUGUCGAAGACUGUAUCAGAGAAUGCCCCACCACGUUGGAGUACAACCCUGUAUGCGGAACUGAUAAAGUAACCUACCCAAAUUUAGGACGCUUGGAAUGUGCACGCUUAUGUGGAAUUGACGUCAGCAUUCAAAGUAGAUUGCCAUGUUCGUUAGUGUCUGAAGAGCCAAGCAAUCCCAUAAGUGAGGAUAAUCCUUCAGUCGCUGAAAUACUACGACAAUGUGAAGCUUCAUGUCCUGCCACGUCGGAGUACAACCCUAUAUGUGGAACUAAUAACGUAACUUAUAUGAAUCGAGGACGACUGGAAUGCGCCAAGAUCUGUGGAAUAGACGUAAAAGUGAAACGAUUAAGUCCGUGCCCGAAACCUGCCACAACCGAGACACCGUUCAUAGACGAUAUUUACAAUCCUAGUGAAGAAGAUGAAGAUAUAAGGACGACUACUACAAGCAAUAAUAAAUUUACGCAGUCUACUGAAGCAUCGGAUAGACUAAAUUUCACCGUACCACAAGAUAUACUGAAUGACAUUUUUAAUACACCUAUAACCGAUUCUAAUGAAAUUGGUAUUGAUAUCAGGCAAAACGAAUAA